UCAAUGCGAACACGCGGAGAGCGGGGCUUGAGCCAGCCAACAGUUUCUGUCAUUAACGGUGGGUAGGGAGGGAUAGUGAGAGGAACAAUCUCGGAACGUCAGAGAGAGAGAGAGAGAGAGAGAGAGAGAGAGAGAGAGAGAGGGGGAAAUUGAGAGAGUGAGGGAAAGAGAGAGAAAGAAAGAGAGUGAGGGAGGGUGAGUGAGGAUCAUAUUUAGGCUACUGCCGCUCUCCUGUCAAAUAAGCGCUUCACUAAACAGAUCAAAAUGACUAGUCAGUUCGAAGAAGAUAUCCACGACCGGGGAGAAUGUAAGAGUAAAUCGCCCACUCUGCUCUCCUCCUAUUGUAUAGACAGUAUUCUGGGCCGACCGAGCCCCUGUAAAGUCAGGCUGAUAGGGGCGCAAAGUUUGACAGCUCUACCCGGGAGACAGGAGCACGACAAGCAGACCGAAGAUCCCCUAUCCCUAGACACAGACAUGCACCUUCCACCAAAGAUGCGCCGGCUCUACGGACCAGGGGGGAAGUACCUGGACCACGGCCGGGGUUUAGUUCAUGACAUAGGGGAGAAAUUGGACAAGGAGAGGCUCCUGGUGGACCAAGCCUGCGAGAGCCUCAAAAUCAUCCAGGCUCCACAGGUGAGCAUCAGCCGGAGCAAAUCGUACAGGGAGAACGCCUCCCUGAUCCGGGGAGAGGGAGGCCAGAGUCCCACUGAAGGGCCGGAAGAUGGGCCUGGACUAAGGCUGGGCGAGUUAGGGUCGAUGAAGUUUGACGAGGACGCGGGAAAAGAGGAGGAGAGCUGCGGGGAGACGAUGGGUCUCUCCCCGAAGGACGACGAGAGGGAGAGCCUCCACGCCGGGGAUGGAGACGUGAGGGACGGCGAGGACAGCGUGUGUCUGUCGGCAGGCAGUGAUUCGGAGGAAGGGAUGCUAAAACGCAAGCAAAGAAGAUACAGGACUACAUUCACCAGCUAUCAGCUGGAGGAGCUGGAGAGGGCUUUCCAGAAGACACACUACCCGGACGUCUUCACCAGAGAAGAGCUUGCGAUGCGGCUGGAUCUGACCGAGGCGCGCGUCCAAGUAUGGUUUCAGAAUCGUCGUGCUAAGUGGCGUAAGCGUGAAAAGGCAGGUGUCCAGACGCACCCCUCUGGACUCCCUUUCCCUGGCCCCCUGUCAGCCGCCCACCCCCUCAGCCACUACCUGGAUGGGGGUCCCUUUCCCCCACACCCUCACCCUGUCCUAGAGUCUGCCUGGACAGCUGCUGCUGCUGCAGCAGCUGCAUUUCCUGGUCUAGCUCAUCCCCAUAGCAACCACUCAGGCCAGCACCUAGGGACACCGCUGGGCCUCGGAACAUUCCUGGGUACAGCCGCAAUGUUCCGUCACCCCGCCUUCAUGGGACCCACCUUCGGCAGGCUCUUCUCCAGUAUGGGCCCUCUGACCAGUGCUUCCACCGCCGCUGCACUCCUCCGCCAGCCUGCACCGCCCGCCGAGACUCCCUCCAUCCCUCCGCCAGUCCUCUCCGAACCUUCUUCCUCCUCUCCUUCCUCCUUAGCUGCAGCGGAUCGCAGGGCCUCCAGUAUUGCAGCUCUGAGGCUGAAGGCUAAAGAGCACUCUGCUCAGAUCACCCAGCUCAACAUCCUGCCCAGCGGAGCUCCUGGGAAGGAGGUGUGCUGAACAGCUGUUACCCCACCCAGCACUCUCUUUCCUAAGCUUCUGUCCAUCCCCUGUCCCCCCUCUCCAUCUCUCAUAUCCCUGCAGAUCUGGGAAAGGAGUGGUGGAUGGAUCCAACCCUGACCCCUGAUCUGUCUUCUAAACCCUGAUACUCUCUGGGCUGAAGACUCCUUUCCCAACAGCCCCCCCCCCCCUUCCCCAUACCUCUUACCCUCAAACAAAAAGCACGACCAAAUUAAAAUAGCACUGGCAAACCAGAGCGCUGUGUGUGUGUGUGUGUGUGUGUGUGUGUGUGUGUGUGUGUGUGUGUGUGUGUGUGUGUGUGUGUGUGUGUGUGUGUGUGUGUGUGUGUGUGUGUGUGUGUGUGUGUGUGUGUGUGUGUGUGAGAGAACAUCACCCCCCCCCCCACUCUUCCAGGUCUCCUGGAUGAGUGUAACCUUUAGCUGUAGAGCCCUUUCUUCCAGAAUCUGACACACACACACCUCCAUAUCGUGUUAACCCAUCUCUAGCUCAUGCUUCUUGGUUCACAAAGUCCACUUUCUUUUCUGUGACAGAUAUAAACUACGAUCUCAGCGGGGUAAACUCCAUGACUACCUGCUGGUUGGACACACACAUACACACAUGCGCGCUCACUCGACUCCGGGGAGAGAGAAAGAAUGAACCAGAACUAGGAACAGUGGAGACUGUGGCAUUUGUCUGGACCACAUGAACUCAGUGCCAUAGCAGUCUGAGGUCUCCAUCCAAGCCAAAGCAACCAACCUGUCCAUAGACCUUUCUGUCCUCCUCUGCAACCCAACCUGUUGCUGGCUCAAUAACCUGCAUCAAGUUUGUUCCUUUGUCAUCACUGAUACUUACAUUAUCAUCUGGAAGAGUUAUUGGAAGAAAAUCUACAAAUGUUCAGCUAAUUGAGUUUGACUAAAGGAAAAAUGAAGUGAGGUUUAGAUUCUAUCCAGUGUCUCUUAUAUCUGAACUGUGUGAGCAAGAAAGUAAACUGCUGUAAAUAUUAUUGUAAAAAUGAAAAACAAAACAAAAAAGGAUGAUUUUCAAAACA